AAUGUCUAAGGAAUCGUGUAAAAAGAAUCCCUUAUUUUUUCUCUCACCAUCACGUCGAAAUUUAUCCGCCGGUGAGACAAAUAACAAAAGAGAGAUAAAAUGUCGCAAGUAGUAAGAUCCGCCAUAACCAUAACACCCUUCUUCCACCGCCAAUUACUCCAUUUUAUCUCCCUACAAACACCCACAACCUCCCACCAUCGUCCUCUUCUUUCUCGUCACCGCCAUACCCACAUUCAACCUCAAGCUCUUCGUCCACCACAAGAGCUUGAACUUGAAAAAAACACCUUUAGAAAUAAUAUCAAAAUUGAAUCAGAUGAUGAGGAAGAUGUUGAGGAUAACAAGAAGAAGAAAAGGAGAAGCAGAAAUGAGAUGAAACGUGAAGCUCGUCAAGCUGUUCGAUGGGGAAUGGACCUUGUUUCUUUUACUACUCCCCAAAUUAAACUCAUUCUCAAGGCCGCUUCACUCGAGGAAGAGGUUUUCGAGGCUUUAAUGUUGGUUAAGAGACUAGGAUCUGAUGUUCGUGAAGGGAAAAGAAGGCAGUUCAACUACAUAGGUAGACUGCUUCGAGAUGCUGAUGCACAGCCAGAUUUGCUAGGAGCUUUAAUUCAAGCUACCAAAGAUGGUGAUCAAUCUAGAUUUCAAGCCUUGGCCGGCUUAGAAAAACAGGUUGAUCAAAGCCCCAAAGAGUUGUUUAAUGAAUCUGAAUCUGAAUCUGAAUCCGAAUCCGAGCAGGAAAUUGAGUAUUCUGGUGAACAUGUUAUGCUAGCGAGCAAAUGGUUUAAUGGUCUUAUCGAAAAGGAUAUCCAAACAAGCAAUGAAGUCUAUUCUAUUGAUACUGUGGAUUUUGACCGCCAGGAGUUGCGGAAACUUGUCCGGAAAGUGCAUAAUCUACAAAAUCGGCAGAGUGGCACUGAAGAGAUCCCAGUAAAGAGCACUGAACUAACAGCUGCUGAAAAGUCGCUCAAUCGUUUCCUUUGUUCGCUGGCAAAACAGCACUCGAGUUCUCAAUUAGUUGAUGUAUAGAAUAGGCUAGACAUUGUAAUAUAUAGUUCUAUAUUGUUUUAGAUUACAUCAAAUUUGAAAGAUAGUAAAAUCUUCAGUUGCCCGAGGUUCAGAUUGGCAUGACAAUUCUUGGACCCAACCUGGAUCCGUGAAUCUAGAGCCACUUAGACACAUACCCGUCAUAGAGUAGGGCUUGAAGAUGGUGGCUGCUUUUGAAGAUGGAGGGUCGAUUAUGGCAUAUAAUAUCACAACAAUAACAUCGCCUUCCAUGAAGCUGCCUGAUUCGGACCUUGACCCAUCCUGUUGAACAAAUCUACUAAGCACCAACGUUUUUCUAUUUGCGCCAUAUUUAGAGUCUCAAGCAAGCUCCUCGAGAUUGGCUGACUAAAAUUGCCUUAUGCUUUGCAUAAGUACAAGUCUCCGCAAUUUAUUUUACGUGAAGGUAAAUAUAUAUGUCUAUGCAGUCCGUGUGGAAAAUAUAUUGAUGGUCGACAAUAACUUUGAAGUGUAAAUAUGUUUUCCACAAUUGCUUUAAAUUUAAGGUGAAGGAUUAUGGGUUGAUACUUGCAAAA